GUUUUGUGAUUGCAAUGUAAUUCUAUUUUGAUAAAUGCAUAGCAUGACCUAUUUAAAUGUCUAUAAUUUAUUUUUUUAUAAGGGUUUUUGACUAACAUACCUUAUCUUUAUGUUCCCACAGAUAAAUUUUACAGCCGGCUUGCUCCUCAAGGCAGAACAUUGGGUUAUAAACUCUUUUCAUCACAUGAAUUGUGAUACCUGUGAUAUUAUCUGUUGUUGUUUGCAUCUAAGCUAUGGCCUUUUCUGACCUGCUGGAGCAGGUUGGCAGCACAGGACGCUUCCAGGUCCUGCAUGUCACCCUGUUGAGCAUGCCCAUCCUAAUGAUGGCCAGCCAUAACCUGCUGCAGAAUUUUGUGGCCGCUGUGCCGCCACACCACUGCGCCCCCCACGCCAACCUCUCAAUGUCCUCCAUGGGUGCUGGGGACGUGCUACAGGCCACUGUGCCCCUGGGCCAAAACGGCAAACCGGAACGCUGCAGACGCUAUGUACAUCCUCAGUGGCAGCUUCUGAGCAGCAAUAGUUCAGAGAGCCUAUGGGAAGAGGGUGUGGAAGAAAUAGAGACACAGAGUUGUGAGGAUGGAUGGUACUACAACACGACAGAAAUGAGCUCAACUAUCAUUUCUGAGUGGGAUUUGGUUUGUGAUCAGCGUGCCCUAAAGCAAAUGAGUCAAACUACCUAUAUGGGAGGUGUCCUUGUGGGAGCAGUAAUUUUUGGGGGACUUUCUGACAGGUUUGUUGUGGAAUGGAUCCCAACACGUGUGCGGACGGUGGUGGGCACAGGAACGGGCUACUGCUACACCACCGGCCAGCUGAUUCUGGCAGCCCUUGCUUACUGCAUCAGAGACUGGCGCUGGCUCACACUGGCCGUAUCUCUGCCUUUCUAUGUGUCCUUCCUCUACUCAUGUGUCCCCCUCAAUAUCUAUGGUUACGGCCCUGCAUUGUCCGUCAUUUUGUUUCUUUUUGACAAGCAAAAACAAGAUCUGCAGAAUCCCAUACUAAUUUUCAGAGCAAGUGAUGCCAGCUUAUGCAAUUUCCUUCUGUGUCCUCUCAGUCAAAACGGAAUGGGAUGGGUGUCCAUGAUGGCUCAGUUUGGAGCGAUGGUGGCCCCCAUGGUGCUUCUUCUUGGGGAGGAUUCCUCAUGGCUACCUGGUUUUAUCUAUGGAAGGGCUCCAAUCAUCAGUGGGAUCUUCGCCUUCUUUCUCCCAGAAACCCUUGCACAACCUUUGCCCGAUACUAUCCAGGAGGUGGAUGACAGAGGUUUUGUAUGGAAAAAAGACAAAAGAUUACCUGAAAAAGAGGAUAUGGCCAAGAAGGAUCCCAGUUGUGUCCACCUGAAAGAGUCUGUCUGAGCCGGCCACUUUACUUCGUCUGAACACACAACACCAGCUUUUAUGGGAGAAAACCGAACUCAAUUCAACCCAUUCAGACGGGCAACCAUU